AUGGCGGGGGCGGGGGCCGGCGCAGCGCGCAUGCGCGCCAAGGCCGCGCGCCCGGCUCAGGGGCGCAGCCCGGUCCCUUCUCCCCCGUCCCACUCCUCUUCCCCGCUCCCCGCCCCUCCGCACUUCCGGCGCUGCCGGGUGACCGGCCGCUGGUGUGGCCCCACGUGGUCGUGGAAGCACAUCGCGGAGCAGGGGCUGCACCCGGGCGGCCGCUUCGGGCCUGACAUGAACCCCUUCGCCUGGUACCCGCCGCCGCCCCCGCCGGGGCUCCCCCCGCCCGGGCCCCCCCCACCCUUUUUCUGCCCGCCGCCCCCCUGGGAGCCUAGCUUCUGGGCUCCCCCCGGGCCCUACCCGCCGCCCGGGCGCUACCCUCCUCCUGACAGCUACCCGCCGCCCAACAGCUAUACGCCCGCCGACGGCUACUCGCAGCCCGACAGCUACCCGCCCGCCGAGAACUACCCGCCUGCCAAGACCUACUCGCAGCCCAAGAGCUACUCGCAGCCCGCCGACAGCUACCCGCCUGCCAAGACCUACUCGCAGCCCGCCGAGAGCUACUCGCAGCCUGCCGACAGCUACUCCCAGCCUGCCGAGAGCUACCCGCCCGCCGACAGCUACUCCCAGCCCGAGGGCUACGCACCUGCUGAGAACUACACACAGCCUGAGAACUACUCGCAGCCCGAGGGCUACCCACCUGCUGAGAACUACACACAGCCUGAGAGCUACUCACAGCCCGACAGCUACCUGCCACCUGCCGAGAGCUACUCACAGCCCAACAACUACCCGCCGCCCACCAAGAGUUACCCGCCACCCGCCGACAGCUGCCCGCCUACCGAGGGCUACCUUCCGCCUGACAGCUACACGCCACCCGCCGCCUGGUACCCGCCCGCCUAUGGAGAGCGACCUCAGGGCCCGCACGCUGGUGGAAAUGGCAAUUUCUCCCAGAAAUGGCAAGGCGAUCAAGCACCUGGGUUUAGUAAACGUUUUCCAGAAGAAAAUAACAAGCCAAAGACCAAAAAGAAAAAAGAGCCAGUUUUCUCUCAUUAUUGUGAUACCUGUGACCGUGGCUAUAAAAACCAGGAGAAGUAUGAUGAACAUAUUUCACAACAUAAACAGUGCACAGAAGAAGGUUGCAGUUUCAGCGCACAUGAGAAGAUAGUUCAGAUACACUGGAAGAACGCACAUGCACCUGGUGCUAAAAGAAUAAAAUUAGAUAGUCCAGAAGAGAUCGCUAGAUGGAGAGAAGAAAGAAAAAAAAAUUUUCCUACAUUGGCAAACAUUGAAAGGAAGAAGGCGAUGCAGAUGCAGAAAGAAGAAAGGGGAGAAGUGCUGACUACCCAACAAUUUGGCAAAAUGAAGGGGAUGUGGAAACCUCCAGAAAAUGAAGAGAGGCUUGGGCAGCAAGGAAGACAGAGGAGAAGACAAAGGCGCCCGUUCUGGAAGAAAUUUAGGAAAAAUAGUGGCGAUUAUAAUGGACACAGAACUCAAAAUGAAGCCAAUGGACCAGAAAACAGCAUGUGUGAAAAGGAACAUGAAAAACAGCGUCCUUUGGCGGCUCAGCCAUACGUGAAGGACAUGGACCCUCUCAGUCUUCUGGCAAACAGUGAUGUUGAAUCCGACAAGGACGAAGCCGCAGCCGAAGACGGGAGGCUGGGAUUGACUGUUGUUCCCAAACAGGUCACCUCCGCCCUGAGUUCGUUGUCAGCCAACUAUGGCAGCGCGUCCGACAGUGAGCCCGAAGAAAUCCCUGUCAAGACUGCAACAAAAGCUGAGAAAAACCAGGCUGCUCUCAGAAAUACGCCUCAAACUACUUAUGUUCCUUGGAGUCGAAACCAGAAUCAAAAACGUCCAGAAUAUGCAGGCACGACGUUAAGAAGCUCAAAUUCAAAUGCACGUCCCCCCAGAGGGCCUGAUAACUGGGGCAAGAAAACAUUACCUCUCCUUCCGAAGCGCCGUCCAACUCUGCUGGAAAUGUUACUGGCCCAGGACAUCCGACACGAAAGGAAUGUGAUUUUGCAGUGUGUUCGAUACCUCAUCCGAAAUAACCUGUUCGGACUUCAUUUUAAAACAGAACCACAAGCUGAAACAGAGACUGAACAGUCCUCUACAACUACAGCAGAGUCUUUGACGGACAAACUCGAUGAAUCUACUUGUUCUUGUAGCUCUGACCUUCAAUUAGCAGGAGGGGAAGAAGAUGCAUUAUUAAUAGCCCAGGGUGAGAAAGCACCUGUGGAUCAGACUUCACAGAUGGUUCACUUGGCGGAUGAGGACAUGUGGGAAACCCCAUCAAUUCAGUGUGAAGAAGCACUGUAGAGGUUGUCUGUUGUGGACAAUAAAGCAAAGGCUCACAUUUUCUAUGUGACUGAUGCUUUUUGAAAGACAUCAGUAUAACAAAAUAAUCAUUAAAGUACAUACUGAGAGCUGUUAAAACCACUUUUCUGAUCGGUUCUGCCCAAGGUGGCCAUUUCCUUGUGAAAACAGCAUCCGCGUUGAGUAAUUGCGUUUCCCCAUGGCAGGAAGGCAGCAGUGGCGCAGAGUAUGGCCUUCUCUAGAGUAGGUGCAGAUCCCCACUUUUGAGCUUCAGAGCUCUGAAUGUUUUACCUUGUUACAAAAUGUGUGUCAGUCCAUCACCAGAGCCAAGUGGUAGUAUGGUAGGAUGGAUCUUCCUCAUGUGAAAUCAUGGUCUGGCGUGUCUGGAAGUAUCUGAGUGUCCAGAAGUAUUUCAGUGUACUUUUGAAAUGGUAAUUCAAUGCAUAUUCACACCCCACCCCCACCCCCCGCAAGCUGUUGUUUGAUAUAAUAUAUUCAAUAUAAAGGUAAUAUAGCCAGUAUAAAAUGAAAAAAUGAAAUGGAAGAUACAACUGACCUGGCUCUAAAAGUACUGCUUGCACCAGGAGUCUCCUCCUCUCUGAACUAAUUUGUUAAUUGAGCAGAGAAACGGAAAUGAGGGUGCACACUGAUGCAAGAAGCCUUUUUUAAAAAAUAAAUAAAGAUACAAUAACUGCUCACUGCUUGCAUCAGUGCUAGGUUGCUGGUUGACCUCGGGUACCCAAUAUUCAGCCUUAGGCCUUAACUGCUGUUAUAGUCAUUGCCUGACAAAUCUAACUCUUGAAGCAAACUCUGAGUACUAAGAAUAUUGUCAAAGUUUAGAAAGCUUACCAAGAGUUACUGGUUUGUCCCUUUUUCGUAUGCAUUGGGAAUUUAUUAGUUGGCCUUCUGGAAGAAUGUCUUCCUUGGUACAUUGUUACGAUGCUUCUACAGCAUCCAGUGACUUUUUUCAUAGAUUUGUGCGUACAUCCGUAGUGUUGUGAGCACUAAAAAAGCAUCAGCCAAGGUUUAGAAACAAGUUUAGUCUUUUGAUUACAUUGUGCAUGUGUUUGUCAGAAUCCUUCUUGUCAAGGGCAGGUGUUAGUUUGUCACGUUGACGCUGAAAACAUGCCAUGAAAAUAAUCUGUUAUCAAAACCUCCACUUCAGAAUAUUUCUCUGCUCUUCGUCUUUUAGUCAUGGCUAAAUGUUGGAUUUAAAUCUCAGGGACUGAUUUUAUUUUUUUGUUCUUUGGUAGAAGUCUAGCCUUCCAUUCCACCAUCUAAAAUACAGAGACUCACAUGGGGUUUUUUUGUUGCCUAAUAACUGUAUUUUCUUUCCCCUAGUUCCUUAACUUGUGCCAUACAUCUCAUUUGUGGUGCAUAGAGAACAAGAAAUAGUUGAAAAUUCUGUCCCACUGCUUUGCUGUUUAUAGCUACGACUGCAUAUUGUGUUUGUAAUGCACCGUCUAAAUUUAUGGAAUUAUAUAAAUAUCAACACCCUUGUAAAAGUUGCGUGUCUCAAGAAUAUAUGUGCAGAAUAGAAGCAGUGAUCAUAAACAUUUAUAUUUCCAAGGCAGAUGAUUCAUUCUUCCCAUGAUGGUCCCACGAGCCAUCUCAAUCUCACUGACUUGCUUAUGGCUCUUACAGUUUUACUGCGAUGAAAAUACCAGCAAAGAACUCUAAGCCACAGAGAUCUGGCACUCGGGCAGAACCUGAUUUCAGAGUGGAGUGGUACCGGUGCUGUUGAAAGCAUGGAUAACAGCUGCAGGAAAAGAAAUGGAUGUCUUAGGAUUGCUACUAAAUUGCACUUUAAUCAACGCUUAACAUGCUUCUGUCCCUGUCGAGUUGAUGGCAGAGCUUUCUUUGACUGUACACUCUGACCUUGUGGUUAAAAAAAAAAAAAAAACAAAAAACAAAAAAACCCCUUUAAUCUGAAUUCUUUAUACUGUUGUCAUGAUGGACUUAAGAAUAUUAAACUUUCA